AUGUCGAUGGUUUUUUCAUCCAUCGAUAAUUUACAACUUGGUGGCGCGAAGAGACUCAUAAGCAGCCCGUCAAGGAUUGAUUUGAAUCGAGAAGCGUUUCGAUAUGAUUGCGCCAUUGACUACAGCUUGAAUCGUUUAGUUUGCAUUGGUCCAAUAGACGUUGUUUACCAGCAUUAUGGCGCAUUGAAGUUUGCUGGUGAAAAGCCCGGUUUGUGCUGCCUUAGUGCGAGCACUCAAAAAUACAAUGCCUUUUUCCAAAUGACUUCAUUUGGGGCGAAAAUUAUUGAAGAACACGGAUAUAAUCCAACAAUCGAUGCAAUCCUAAUUGUUGCUGAAAACUUGGAAGCACGUGAUACUUGGAACGACUUGGAACGCACCGUUCAUAUGAUGUGAGGCGGCUCGCCAAUCACCGCCUCGCAAGAUUUUUAUAACAAGUGAAAAUAGAUUUUUAGUUGUAUUGUUUAGUAUUAAGUUAAUAUUGAAUUUUAUUUUUA